GAAGUUCUCCACCUUAGCCAGUAACGCUGUCGCUAGACACACAGCAAACAGUUAGUCCCCUUUUUAUUCUCAAGUCGGUCACAUAUAUAAUUGUCGAGAAAUUUUUCUGAAUACUGUAAGAUUUGAUAAGUCAAAUAAAUUUUGAACGAUACAUUGUGUUAUAUAUAAAAGGGGAUAAAGAAAAUAGUUUUAAAACAUUUCAGCCUAAAGACAGUUUGGAGUAUCAAAAAAAAAAUAUAGAAAGAAAAAACACUUUUGGAAUUUCUACUGCGGACUCACAAGCUUCAAAUUUGGAUUAAUUAUCUUCGUAUCUUCUAGAAGGAACAACGAAAGAUUGCUUCAAAUUAAAAUUCAACAGAUUAACAGAAAGUAAAAAAGAAGAUCAACAGAAGUAAUAAAAAUGAUUUAUGUUAAUAUAAAUAAAUGGAUUUUCGUGAUUUGUAUUGCACUCUUUAUUUUGAAUGUACAAGCUAAAAAAAUUGUACCUAAUAAAACAGAACUAUACCGUAAAAAUGAUUCCAUACUGCUUGUAGAUGAUUGUGUAAUAAAUACAGGGAAUUUCAAUGGAUCGACAAAGAUUAUAAUUAAUGAAGUCAAUUUUAAAUUUGUAACUUUCAGUUGCGAGGAAAAUUAUACACUGAUUGGAAAAUCUAACGCAUUAGUGUGUCAGAAUGAAAAUUUCAUCGACAUCAAAGAUAGGUUUUGUAAAUUAACAACAACAUUCAACUGUCCUCCGUUUAAGUAUAAAAAUGCAAAUGUUACAUUCUAUAAUGAUGGUGAUCGUGCUCUACUAUUCUGCAAAUUCGGUUAUUACUAUAACAAACCGAAUGAAUCACCCCAAUAUUUUGAAGUAAAUUGCAUUAAUAAAAAUUGGACUGGAGGUAAUUCUCAUUCAUGUAAACUAUUAUAAAUAUAUUAUCUGUAUUAAGGGAAACCUACAAAUAAUUGAACGACAUUCGACGUCGAUAACGGAAACUUUAUAUCAAUUAAUACUAACGUAAUGAAAGUAGAAUGCAAUCAAAAUUAUGUGCUUAAAGAAUAUUCUCCUUACUACUACAUGGCUAAUAAUGUAUGCAAAAUUUUAUUUGUUAAUUAAAGGUGAAUUAAAUCAAUUACAUUAAUUCAUUAUCACUAAACACAUAUAUUUAAAAUUUAAAAAUCAUAUAAAUAUUAGUGAUUUGUAUUGUUUAGUGAAAAAGAAAAUUGUACAUGACACAAUUGUAAAUUAUAUUUAAUAAAUGAUAAUAUUAAAACAGUAUUUACAAAAUAAA